GAGAACAGUUUCUUUUAUUGUUCUUAAGGUCAACUUCUUUGUCCCACUCCUAAACACAACCCUUCCACAACAUUCCUAUGCAUAUGCUCUUUCUGGAGAAAAAUGAGGUGGACAUAUAUGAAGCUGAUUUUAGUCUUGUUAGUGUCUGGUUUUAUUCCUGGAAAGUUAUCAACAGAACCCCCUGCAUGCAGUGAUAUGCAACAGUCUAUCUGUAAGGAUAAAUGCAUUCCUAUUUCUUGGCUGUGCAAUGGAGAGAGGGACUGCCCUGAUGGUUCAGAUGAACAAUGUGUUGUAGCAUGCCGUGGAGAUAACAAUGCAUGGCAAUGUGACAAUGGAAAGUGUAUUUCUGAAAGCUGGAAGUGUGAUGGGGUCAGUGACUGUCUAGAUGGCUCAGAUGAAGCAGACUGUGCUUGUGCAGGUAACAAAAAGCAGUGCCCCAAUAAAGGUGAAUGCAUUGAUCUAUGGGAAGUAUGUGAUGGCCACAAUGACUGUGAAGAUGGGUCAGAUGAGCAGAACUGUUCAACAAGAAGCUGUAUGCCACAUCAUCUACAAUGCAAGAAUAAAUUAUGCAUUAUGGAAUCCUGGAAAUGUGAUGGAAUAAAUAACUGUGGCGAUGGGUCUGAUGAAGAGCAGUGUGGUACUUGUAUCAAUGGGUCCUUUAAAUGUGGAGAUGGGAAAUGUAUAAAUGUCAGCCAAGUCUGUGACAAUAUGUGGGACUGUGAAAAUGGUUCUGAUGAAACCAAUUCUUGUGGUCGUCGUUGCUCUGAUGCUAAUGGAGGCUGCAUGCAAAAAUGUGAAGAUGUUGCAUGGGGUGUCAAUUGCUCUUGCCAAGAGGGCUGGAAACUUCAACCAGACUAUCAAAGUUGUAUUGAUAUUGAUGAGUGUUCAAUGGAUUAUAGUCCCUGUCACCAGGUUUGCACCAAUUUAAAUGGGACCUUCAAAUGUGAUUGUAUUAAAGGCUUUCACCUGAAAGGAAAAACAGCCUGUGAAGCUAUAGGUAAUGCUACAGUAAUUUUGCUGGCAAAAAAGGAUGAAAUUGGCAUAAUGGAUGCUAGAACUGGUGACUAUCAAUAUCUUUUCUCUGUCCAUGGACAACCCUCUGCUGUUGCUUAUUACUUGGCUAGGGAGUCAUACUUUUGGAUUGAUGAGAAGAAAACACUGCAGUCUUUUGUAAUUGGCGGAAAACAGUCUUUCUCCCUAUAUCCAGAGGUUGUGAAUGUUAAUAGUUUAUCCAUAGACUGGUUUACAGGCCUGCUAUAUUGGGCAAGCAGUGUGGAGAAGUCUAUAUCUGUCGGGUUGACAAAUGGGCGCGGGUAUUUUCUCAUUCUUGAAAAGGAUAUUGUACCUGAUCAGCUUAUUGUGUUUCCCAGCAAAAGAUACAUGUACUGGGUAAACUAUGGCAAAAAAGGAAAUACUACAUUACAGAUGGCUGGCAUGGAUGGAUCUGAUAGACAUGCGAUUGCCUUUAUACCCAUGGAACAGCCAAUGGGUCUCACUCUUGAUCACAUUACCUCCCGCCUGUACUGGAUCAGCGAAUACAAAGAGUCAAUAGAAACCAUUAAAACAGAUGGAAGUGGUAGAUAUACUUUCCCAGAUGUACUGCAAAAAGACCAGAUUGUCCUGGGCCUUUCGGUUUUUGAAGAGUGGUUUUUUUUGGCUGAUGAAAAACAGUUGUUCUCUUUGUCAAGAAACAAUCCAGCGACUAGAGAAUUAUUUCUCAACUCUGCAAACCUUUCUGCAUUCACUGUGCUACAUGAGCUCCAGCAAUCCAUUAAUGAACUCACUCCAUGUUCUCCGGGGGCCUGUAGUCACAUCUGCAUGUUAUCACCUGUGUUGGCCAAAUCUUAUAGGUGUGCUUGUCCUUUGGGAUUGUUCCUCCUGCCAUCUGGAAAAUGUGAAAAUCUUAAGGUCAUGUUUGGUGGUGCUAAUGAAGUUUAUUUAUUGGAGCUGGGAUUUCAAGGAGCCAUUGUGAAAAAGACUCUUGUCCUGAGAGGAGAAAAAAUUAAUUUCAUGGAUAUGGACUGGAAGAGAGAUCUUGUAUACUGGAAAGAUGAUCAUGGUUUUCUUAUGCGAUCUAAUGGCAUUUUGGGCAGUGCUAAAGUAAUCCAAACUGGAGGAGCAGUUCUAGUGGCAAAAAUUGACAUUCCUACUGGCAACAUUUAUUGGCUGCACUCUGGUAAAAACAGAGUUUGUGUAACAAAGCAUACAGGAUCUGGGACAAAGGUCAUUUAUGAAUCCAAUCGGCCCAUACAGAAUUUUAUGCUUGACUGGAAAAAGGCAUUACUGUAUGUGGUGGAAGAGGACCAAAUCCGACAGAUGACUCUUAUUGGUGAUGAAGUGGAAACCGUAUUGAAUGGCACGGGCUUUGCACAUAUGAAUUUGGAUAUAAAAUCCAAUAGCAUUGUGUGGAGCAAACAAGACAACGAUUUUUAUUCAUUUAGCCUCCUUAAAAAGAAACUCUAUAACUUGAAGGAUACAUUCAGGUGCACACUGAUGGAUGCGUUUGAGCCUUUUCUGCUGGCUUAUAACGAUCCAGUAAUUGAAAUAUGGGACAGAAAAGCAAUGAAGAUUGUUUCAACUGUUAAUGAAGCAAACCUGACCAAACUUAUAAUCGUGACAUCUAGUCAAAUCAAAGUUUACUAG